AUGCUACGAACAGGGCGCCUGCUGGCGGCAGCUCGUGGAGUGCUCCCGGCGCUGCCAGCGCUGCCGCUGCCGGCGGCGGCCCGCACCCGCAACCAAGCCCGUGGCGGGCAAGGGCCCGAGCCCAGGAUAUGGGGCGCACGGACGGUGUUUGCGGGUGCGGGUGCGUCAGUGUAUGCUCGUGGCUGGCUGGCGAGUGAUGGUGGCGGCCGCUCGGUCGAAGACGGUCCGGAGAACGAGCUCGACCACCGCGACGUGCUUACCGAGGCCGAGGCCCUCUCCUCGCUCCUUGUCUCGUCGGCCUCGAUCCGCAACGCCGGCCUGCAUCCGGUGGCCGUCCUCGGCAAGCACCGCUGGUUCCGCCGAGAUGAGAUCGAGGACCUUGCCCGGCACACAUGGGGCUCGCUCGACAACAUCGAGCGCGUCCGUCGCGAACGUGCCCACGCUGCCGAGCUCUUCCGUGACGCAGCAGCCGCGGCGGCGUCGGCAACAAACUCCGCGUCGGCGUCUGCUGUCGAGGGCGAUGCUCCUCGUCCACAUCCGCCGCUCCGCCCUCCGCCUUGGGGCAUGCAGGGCUUCCCGGGCGGCGGAGGGCGGCGCGAGGAUGACGAGGCGAGUGACAGCAGCGGAGCUGCGGCUGCUGCCGCCGGCGACCCGCGGCUGCUGGAAGACUCACUCCCGUUCUCGGUCCUUCGCAAGGUGGCGCGGCGGCGGAAGCGGCGGCAGGAGAAGAAAGACUCCACGCUCGCGCUUCCGCUCAAGCCGACCAAGUCGAUGUCGUCGUCGAGCACAACCGUGUAUGCGGCCAUGGCCGGCAACGUGCUGAUCAUGGCCGGCAAGGCGGUAGCGUUUGUGCUCUCGGGCUCGGGUGCGAUGCUCUCCGAGGCGCUGCACUCUGCGGCCGACGUGGCCAACCAAUCGCUGUUGCUGGUCGGCAUCAAGCGGUCGCAGCGCGAGGCCGAUCCGUCGCAUCCAUACGGCUACGCGCGAGAGGCCAACAUCUGGGCGCUCAUCUCGGGCGUCGGCACGUUUUCCUCGGCGCCGCUCACUGAGCUUCCAUUUUCGCUCGCCAUGCUCUCGGCAGCCUUUGCCAUCGAGUCUGCCACCCUCGCCUACGCCGCCCGGGUUGUCGCUGCCGACGCCCGCAAGGCCAAUGCGUCGUUCCUCGACUACGUCGUCGACGGCGCCAACCCGAUGGCGGUCGCGGUCCUCGUCGAGGACUCGGCGGCGGUGGCCGGUGUUGUCAUUGCCGGCACCGCCAUCACUGCCUCGUACCUCACCGGCAACCCGGUGUACGACUCGGUCGGCACGCUCCUGGUCGGCGCCCUCAUGGCCGGUUGUGCCACCUUUAUCAUCCGUCGCAACAUGCGUGACCUAGUCGGCAAAGCCAUGCCCAAGACCUCGCAGGACCAGAUCCUCUCGCUGCUUGAGGCCGACAAGGCUGUCGUUGCCGUCCACGAGGUCAAGGCCGUCCUCAUGGGCCUCGACGAAAUCCGCUUCAAGGCCGAGAUCGACUUUGACGGCCGCCAGAUCGCCAAGCACCUCAUCCGCAAGCGCAACAUCGACCUUGCCGCCCUCAUGGCCAUCGAGUCGGAGAAAGAAAUGGAGGCCUUUCUCGUCCAGUACGGCGACGACAUCAUCGAGCAGCUCGCCGACGAGGUCGACCGCAUUGAGCGCGAAAUCUCCCGUGUUGUUCCUGAAGCCCGCUACAUUGAUCUGGAGGCUCAUUGACCCAUCCCGUCCGCCGGCUCUUUGCCGACCACGUUCUCUCCCGCCACUGGCUUAUUCGCGCCCUCAUCACACCGCUGCCACGACCUUGCACCGCU